AUGUCUGAUAGUUUAUCAGCCGCUGCUGCUGCAGCCGAAGACAAUGUUUCUGAUGAUGAAAAAGAAGAAGAACAAAUAACUAAUACUAUUCAAAAAAAAGAAGAUGCAAAGGUGGAAAAAGAACUUGAUCGUGUUACAGAUCGUGUUGAUGAAGAAGAUCUUGGUUCAGAAAAUAUAGGAAAUGCAUUAACAACUAUUAAUGAUAAACGACAUCGUGAUGAAUCAAAACGUAAAGCUGAACAAGCAGUAUUGGCUAAUGUUAAAAUUCGAAAAGAAGAUGUUGAACUUAUUAUCCAAGAACUUGAAUUACCAAGAUCAAAAGCAGAAAAAAUCUUACGUCAACAUCGUGGAGAUGUCGUAGCUACAUUGAAAGCACUUGUCAACGCUUAA